CUUCCGCCCCAUCUCCCAUCUCACAUGCAUUGGCCGCGAUGCCUCGCACGAAGAAGAUACACCAGUUGAAGCUUGCACGAAUCCGGCAGGACUGGUCGAAAUGGAAUCUGUACAAUUUGUCGCGCGUGACGACGCCGCCAGCAGCGAAGCAGACAUUUUUCCAGCAGAAAUGGAUGGCCAAAGCCAUGACGCGUUCAUAUCAUAACCCGUUUGUACGCGAAGGCACGUGGACGAGAAUGUUUGAUCGACGAUUGCCCUCAGUAGUCCCUAUGGACCACAGAUAUCUGGCUGCGAACGAUGGGUCGGAGAUGGCGAGUGGACGAGGAAUGGGCAAGGAGAAGGAUCCCAAAACGAUAGAUCCGAGAAAUCGGAACCUGAAGACACCAUAUAUGCACAUGACAUUUUGGCCACUGGAGAGACGCUUGGAUACUGCCAUACACAGGGCGCUGUUCGCUUCAAGUGUCAGCCAGGCGCGGCAGUUCGUGGUGCACGGAUUUGUCAAAGUCAAUGGUAAGAAGAUGAUCUACCCAGGAUAUCAAUUGAAUCCAGGCGACAUGUUCAGCGUAGAUCCCGAGAUGGUGAUGUUUGCGACUGGAGCGAGGAAGCUCAAGUCAAGCAGCCCCAAAUCUACUCAGGAACUGCGGAGACGACACGAGGCGAGGCUAGCAAAGGCAGAAACAAAAGCUGUCAAGGAAGAGACAGGCAAGGAGGACGAAACUCUGCUAGAGGCAACACCCGCAGAAGAGGAGCAAGAGUACGGCCCCGGCACGAGCUACAGCGCGGAGUUGAAAGUUCUCAUGGGACGCGCAAAGAGGAUCCUUGACGAAUCGAAACUGAAACUUGCGGCGAAGCGACAACAAGAACUUCGAGCAUUCGCAAAAUCACUAAAGAAGACAUUUUCCAAAAUCAAAAGUAUGGAGGAUCCAAAAGCACGGCAGACCGUCGAUGAUUUCGAGACUGCUUUGGCAGAGAUCACAACGAAGAUACCCCAGGAUAUCACUCCCGAAAGCGAAAAACCACAAGCUGCAGCAGGGACUGAAAGCUCGAACCCGCAAGCGAAUUUGGGCAAGGAAGAUGCAUACCGCCUGAGAAAAGACGCGGAGCUUUUGUACGCUGCACUGGAACGAGCACGAGCGAACCCGAUUGAUUCCACGAAGCCGUAUGCAACACCAUGGGAGCCUAGAGAAUACAUGAGUGCCUUUGCCUUCAUCCCCAGGUACCUGGAGGUGAACCAGAAUAUCUGCUCAGCCGUAUACUUGAGACAUCCUGUCGCGAGACCUGGACUGGCCGAAGUGCCUACACCGUUCUCAGCGGAGACGAUGGAACUCGGGUUUAACUGGUAUUUGAGGAGACGGUAGUCAACGUCGCAUAUGAUAUCCUGGAGCAUUGUCUUGGCGGUGCAGCAUCGGAAUGGAUGGAUGAAUGGUUGUAACAUAUGUAUCCACGAGGUUCGCUUCCGCAUGUACAACAACAAUUCCCACAAUAAUAGGCUCCUCGUUAGAUGUGUCAGGAUGUGCCAAAGCAGCAAUAUUUGGUCCUAUUUUGUGACAGCCGGACCACCUAGGUCCACUUGCUUUGGAAGUCCUGUUCCACCUAUCGAUGCGACCCGAGUCAAAGCUAGAGAGGGAGGAGGGGGGCGCUGUAUGGGAAUGCACUCCAUGCAGACAGACAUGCGAAGAUCUGGCGUAGAUGUACUGAUUACUCGUCCAAUACUGAGUGCAGUACGCAGACAUGCCAUGCCAUGCCAUGAUGCCAGCAUGCUUGUUUACCGUAAGUACUAAGAAUAUCUUGUUCGAUCUUGUCGAGUACAAUGCAUGUGAGACGAAUCGACGGGUCGUCUGUGGUUCACCGUUCAUGUGAGAAAAGGAGCCAAGAACAUGUUCUACCCGGCAGGCCGCAGGGUAUCCUUACCUAGGCAUCGAUUAGAACU